UACACAUCGCAGGCGACAUUCAUGACGGCACAAUCGAAGUUUCUAGAAAUAGCGUUUAAUUCUGAUAAACGGAAAAAAGUAAUAAUCGCCUCCUGUCUCGGCUUGGCUAGUGUCGUCCUAUUCAAGUAUUUUGGCAAUAGGAAAGGUAUUCGCCAGUACUCCCAAAUCUCUGUAACAUCAUCAGAAAAGAAGAAAAAGAAGCGUGCUUUCGAUACGAAAUUUCUCCGCCAACUGCUUAUGCUUUUAAAAAUUAUGGUGCCAGGAGUGUUCAGCAGAGAGGCCGGAAUCAUUGAAGGCCGUAUAGUGAAAGCUAUCGUUCAAAAGGAUGUAAACAAAUUUUCAUGGCAACUCUGCAAAUGGAUUCUGGUUGCACUACCAGCUACCUUCAUAAAUAGUAUGAUUAGGUACUUUGAAAGUAUCAUAGGCCUGGCAUUCCGUUCUCGUCUCAUACAACACGCCUAUAAGCAAUAUUUUUCGGACAAAACCUAUUAUGCGGUGUCAAACUUGGAUAGCCGUCUACAGAAUGCUGAUCAGUGUCUCACCGAAGAUAUCACAAUGUUCAGUCAGAGUGUCGCCCAUCUUUAUUCACAUCUCACUAAACCGAUCCUCGACAUUGGCCUCAUUUCGUUCACAUUAAUCUCAUAUGCGGCUAGCCGAGGUUCUGCUGAAAAUGUUGUUGUGCCGGCAAUUCUCGCAAUAUCUACGGUCGGUCUUACGGCUAGCCUACUGAAAUCGAUCUCACCGAGAUUUGGACAUAUGGUAGCCGAAGAGGCGAAACGGAAAGGAUUUUUGCGAUAUCUCCAUUCUCGUGUUAUUACAAAUUCCGAAGAAAUCGCAUUCUAUGGAGGACAUGAGGCUGAAUACAAGCAACUCAACAGUGCUUAUGACAAUUUGGCAGACCAGACAAAACUGAUAUUCCGGAAACGAAUCUUGUAUAUCAUGGUUGAGCAAUUCUUUAUGAAAUAUGUCUGGUCUGGUACUGGAAUGGUUAUGAUCGCUCUGCCGAUUUUGGCUUCUGAGUACGCUACUCCUGGCAAAACUCGACGUCUCGAAGAUGAACCAGAUGGCGGUGUGUCAGAGCGAACACGUGGAUUUGCUACUGCUAAAAACCUACUCUACUCAUCAGCCGAUGCCGUUGAGCGCCUAAUGACGUCAUAUAAAGAGGUAUGUAGGAUAAGACCAGUUUAG